CGUUAGUCCCUAACACAGACACACACCCUGCUUAUCGCACCGAGAUAAUACGCGGUAAACCGAAAACGAAAGAGACGGAUUCGCAUUUCGGAUGAAAGCAAGCUAUCAAAAGGUAUUUCGCCCGGUCGCUUACAGCUAAGAGGACGUUUCUGACAGCACAGGUAAAACGACACACUUAGUCAAGCCGAAGACGUCUGGUCCACCAUGAUUCGACGAAUUGUUUACCUGUUUAUCGCAACAGUUUUGACUCAGCAGGCGAGGUGCGAUGUGGACAAGGACUGGAUGAGACAAACUCUUGCCGAACACUUCUCAGCACCACGACACCACGUGACCAACCCCGUGUACAAGAAUGCCGCCAUGACGUUCAUCAGGGACCAGUUCCGAGAAAUGGGACUUGAGGCGCAUGUUCACACCUUCAGCACGCUGCUACCAAACGUAACAGGUGUGAAUGUUGUCGGCUUGCUCAAAGGCCGCUACUUCAACACCAAAGAUGACAGUGUCGCAGCGAUAGCCGCUCAUUAUGACACCAUGCGUGAUACACCAGGAGUGAAUGACAACGGCGCAGCAGUGGUAGCGAUGUUGCAGGCUGCACGGGAGCUGAGCAGACAGCUCACCCGGAACUCCACUGUCAUGUUCUUCGCCUUUGAUUUGGAGGAGUGGGAACAAAAUGUUGCUCAGAUAGCAUGUGCCUCCCUCUCGUGCGGCUCACGGGCGUUAGUGAACCAGUGGCUGUCAAACUUUUUCACCGCUCCCAUUACCUGGAAGGGCGUCCUCGUCAUGGACACCAUUUUCAACUUUGACAGCAACCAGGAGACUCAGACACUUCCUCCUGGAGCCGAACAGAUGUUUCCAGAUGUUGCUCGGGAUGUCGAUUCUGAUGGGAAGAGGGGUGACUUCCUGUUGAUCACCGGACGUGACUACGACGCUCGGCUGGUUACAAACUUUAACGACACCUGGAACAGACUGGGCGAGACUCAGUAUGAGAUCGAAGCGCUUGUUUUGCCAAUUCCCAAUCCAACUCCAGAAGGCAUUCUCUUUGAUGCAACCUUUGCUGACGUUGUCCGAAGUGACCACUCCUCCUUUUGGACCGAGGGCUACCGAGCUGUUUUCCUCACGGAUACAGCCAAUUUCCGGGGCUACAUGACGCAGUGUUACCACCAUCAGUGCGACAACCUCACCUAUGUAAGCGACACCAAGAUCGGCUUCAUCGCCAAAACCGCCCGCACGCUUAUCUCUGUGGUUGACGGCAUGGCACCUGCUGUUGAAGGAAGCACAAACAAAGGAGGCUAUGUCCAUGAAGGAUGUGUGGCGAUUCCCCUUGCACUGACGCUUCUUCUGGGUGGCAAGCUGCUGAAGUUUGAGUGACUUAAACACUGCAGCUUUUGCUGAAGAUCUAUGAUCUUAGCUGCCAUUGAAAUAUUUUCUAUGUUAAAGUGUGUGUAUAUAUAUAUACAGAAAGAGAAAGAGACAGACAUAUCUUUAAUGUUUUUAUAUACAUUGGAUACAACAAGGUUACAAGAACCUACUCCAAUUUGUCUAUAUACCCAAAUCUGUACAACUUUUAUUCAAAAUUCACCUGCAUUCUCACACACUCGUAUAAAUAUAUAAUUACACAAAAGACAAACUAGAAAAAAUUAUAAGGUUGCACACCCACUGUCAUACCAUUAUAAUAACAUUCCAGCCCUCCCACCACAACAGCCUGACAUCAUUUUAUCUCUGCUUUCCUUAUACACACAUUCGCCUCCACAUCUUCCCACACCAACACUCUUUCAAAGGAUAUUUUCUCUUGGUCAGUUACCACACAGCUUAACAAUUCAUUGUCAAAUGAUGUUUUUUCAAUACCAAGAAAGUAAAAAGCCCUAGUGGUUGCAGCUAUUUCCCAAUAUUUGGUUCUGUAUACAUUUCAUGAUUAAAGAUUAUCAUUCUC